ACGGAUUCUUUCAUGUUUCAGCUGUCCUGGAUAACGAGAGACUCACUGCGGAGGAGAUGGAUGAAAGGAGACGGCAGAAUGUGGCCUAUGAAUACCUUUGUCACUUGGAAGAAGCCAAGAGGUGGAUGGAAGCAUGCCUGGGGGAAGAUCUGCCUCCCACCACGGAGCUGGAGGAGGGCCUUCGCAACGGGGUCUACCUCGCCAAACUCGGGAACUUCUUCUCUCCCAAAGUGGUGUCCCUGAAGAAGAUCUACGACCGGGAGCAGACCAGAUACAAGGCGACUGGCCUGCACUUCCGGCACACGGAUAACGUGAUUCAGUGGUUGAAUGCCAUGGACGAGAUUGGCUUGCCUAAGAUUUUUUACCCAGAAACUACAGAUAUCUAUGACCGAAAGAACAUGCCGCGAUGUAUCUAUUGUAUCCAUGCACUCAGGCGCUUAACGUGUCUGCCCGGGUCUCACUUCUCUCCUGUAGAAGAAGAAAUCAACAACAUGAAGAUUGAGCUGGAGAAGUACGGGAUCCAGAUGCCUGCCUUCAGCAAGAUCGGGGGCAUCCUGGCCAACGAGCUCUCCGUGGACGAAGCUGCACUGGAGAGCUUGGUUUGGGGGAAGGAAAACUAUCCUGGGCUGUUAAUGUUAACACAGUGUUUUCUCAAGCGCUUGCCUUCUCCCUCCGCAGCGUUUUCGGCGUUAGCGAACGUGAACCUGGCUUUGGAUCAGGGGAGCGCCCUGGCCCUGUUCCGGAUCCUGCAGUCCCCAGCGCUGGGCCUCCGGGGGCUGCAGCAGCAGAACAGCGACUGGUACCUGAAGCAGCUGCUGAGUGACAGGCAGCAGAAGCGACAGAGUGGCCAGGCGGAUGCCCUGCAGAAGGAGGAACUCCAGGCUGCAGUGGAUGCCGCCAACAGCGCCGCCCAGCAGUACCAGAGAAGGCUGGCAGCCGUGGCAGCCAUCAACACUGCCAUCCAGAAGGGCGUGGCUGAGAAGACUGUUCUGGAACUAAUGAACCCCGAAGCCCAGCUGCCCCAGGUGUAUCCAUUUGCUGCUGAUCUUUAUCAGAAGGAGCUGGCGACGCUGCAGCAGCAGAGUCCCGAACAUAGCCUCACCCACCCCGAGCUCUCCGUGGCGGUGGAGAUGCUGUCGUCUGUGGCCCUCAUCAACAGGGCCCUGGAGUCGGGAGACAUGAACACGGUGUGGAAGCAGCUGAGCAGCUCCGUGACCGGCCUGACCAACAUCGAGGAGGAGAACUGUCAGAGGUAUCUGGAUGAGCUGAUGAAGCUGAAAGACCAGGCUCAUGCAGAGAAGAACGAGUUCAUUACGUGGAACGACAUCCAGGCUUGCGUGGACCACGUGAAUCUGGUGGUGCAGGAGGAGCACGAGAGGAUUUUAGCCAUCGGCUUAAUUAACGAGGCCCUGGACGAAGGUGAUGCCCAAAAGACCCUGCAGGCCCUGCAGAUUCCUGCAGCCAAACUGGAGGGUGUCCUGGCAGGAGUGGCCCAGCAUUACCAAGACACGCUGAUCCGAGCAAAGAGAGAGAAAGCCCAGGAAACCCAGGAUGAGUCCGCUGUGUUGUGGUUGGAUGAAAUUCAAGGCGGAAUCUGGCAGUCCAACAAAGACACCCAGGAAGCACAGAGGUUUGCCGUCGGAAUCUUUGCCAUUAAUGAGGCUGUGCAGAGUGGCGAUGUCGGUAAAACGCUGAGUGCCCUCCGUUCCCCGGACGUCAGCCUGUACGGAGUCAUCCCUGAGUGUUGCGAAACGUACCAGAGUGACCUCGCAGAAGCCAGGAAGAAAAAACUGGCAGCAGGCGACAACAACAGCAAGUGGGUGAAGCACUGGGUGAAAGGCGGAUAUUACUAUUACCACAACCUGGACACGCAGGAAGGCGGAUGGGAUGAACCCCCGGGCUUUGUGCAGAACUCCACGCAGCUCUCGCGGGAGGAGAUCCAGAGCUCCAUCUCCGGGGUGACGACUGCGUAUAACCGAGAGCAGCUCUGGCUGGCCAACGAGGGCUUGAUCACCAAGCUGCAGGCUUGCUGCCGCGGGUACCUCGUCCGACAGGAGUUCCGCUCCAGGAUGAAUUUCCUGAAGAAACAGAUUCCCGCCAUCACCUGCAUCCAGUCGCAGUGGCGAGGAUACAAGCAGAAGAAGGCCUACCAGGACCGUCUAGCGUACCUGCGCUCCCAUAAAGAUGAAGUCGUGAAGAUCCAGUCCCUGGCGAGGAUGCAUCAGGCGAGAAAGCGCUAUAGAGAUCGCCUGCAGUACUUCCGAGAUCACAUAAAUGACAUUAUCAAAAUCCAGGCUUUUAUUCGGGCAAACAAAGCUCGCGACGACUACAAGACUCUCAUCAAUGCCGAAGAUCCGCCGAUGAUCGUGGUCCGGAAGUUUGUCCACCUGCUCGACCAGAGCGACCAGGAUUUCCAGGAGGAGCUGGACCUCAUGAAGAUGCGGGAGGAGGUCAUCACCCUCAUUCGUUCCAACCAGCAGCUGGAGAACGACCUCAACCUCAUGGAUAUCAAAAUCGGACUGCUGGUGAAGAACAAGAUCACGCUGCAGGAUGUGGUUUCCCACAGUAAAAAACUUACCAAAAAAAAUAAGGAACAGUUGUCUGAUAUGAUGAUGCUAAAUAAACAGAAGGGAGGUCUCAAGGCUUUGAGCAAGGAGAAGAGAGAGAAAUUGGAAGCGUAUCAGCACCUGUUUUAUUUAUUGCAGACCAACCCCACCUAUCUGGCCAAGCUGAUUUUUCAGAUGCCCCAGAACAAGUCCACCAAGUUCAUGGACUCGGUGAUCUUUACCCUCUACAACUACGCCUCCAACCAGCGGGAGGAGUACCUGCUGCUGCGGCUCUUCAAGACGGCGCUCCAAGAGGAGAUCAAGUCAAAAGUCGACCAGAUUCAAGAGAUCGUGACGGGAAACCCUACCGUUAUUAAGAUGGUUGUCAGUUUCAACCGCGGCGCCCGGGGUCAGAAUGCCCUGCGGCAGAUCUUGGCCCCGGUCGUGAAGGAGAUUAUGGACGACAAAUCCCUCAACAUCAAAACCGACCCCGUGGAUAUCUACAAGUCGUGGGUUAACCAGAUGGAGUCUCAGACAGGAGAGGCAAGCAAACUCCCCUAUGACGUGACUCCCGAGCAGGCUCUGGCUCACGAAGAGGUCAAGACACGUCUCGACAACUCCAUCAGGAACAUGCGGGCCGUGACAGACAAGUUCCUCUCCGCCAUCAUUUGUUCCGUGGACAAGAUCCCCUACGGGAUGCGCUUCAUCGCCAAAGUGCUGAAGGACUCGCUACACGAGAAGUUCCCCGAUGCUGGUGAGGAUGAGCUGCUGAAGAUCAUUGGUAACCUGCUGUACUACCGAUACAUGAAUCCAGCCAUUGUUGCCCCGGAUGCCUUCGACAUCAUCGACCUGUCGGCCGGAGGCCAGCUCACCACCGACCAGCGCCGCAACCUCGGCUCCAUCGCCAAGAUGCUCCAGCACGCGGCUUCCAACAAGAUGUUCCUGGGAGAUAACGCCCACUUAAGCAUCAUUAACGAGUACCUCUCCCAGUCCUACCAGAAAUUCAGGAGGUUUUUCCAAACUGCUUGCGACGUCCCAGAGCUGCAGGAUAAGUUUAAUGUGGACGAAUACUCCGACCUCGUGACCCUCACCAAGCCCGUGAUCUACAUCUCCAUCGGGGAAAUCAUCAACACCCACACGCUCCUGCUAGAUCACCAGGACGCCAUUGCCCCGGAGCACAAUGACCCCAUCCAUGAGCUGCUGGAUGACCUUGGCGAGGUGCCCACCAUCGAGUCCCUGAUAGGAGAAGGCGCUGGCAGUUUAAACGACCCCAACAAGGAGGCGCUGGCUAAGACGGAAGUGUCUCUCACACUGACCAACAAGUUCGACGUACCUGGGGAUGAGAACGCGGAAAUGGACGCGCGAACCAUCUUACUGAACACAAAGCGUUUAAUUGUGGACGUCAUCCGGUUCCAGCCAGGGGAGACCUUGACUGAAAUCCUGGAAACGCCAGCCACCAACGAACAGGAAGCAGAGCAUCAGAGGGCCAUGCAGAGACGCGCGAUCCGUGACGCCAAAACGCCUGACAAGAUGAAAAAGUCCAAAUCAGUCAAGGAAGACAGCAACCUCAGCCUGCAGGAGAAGAAGGACAAGAUCCAGGCGGGCUUGAAGAAGCUCACGGAGCUGGGGACCGUGAACCCGAAGAACCGGUACCAGGAGCUGAUCAACGACAUCGCCAGGGUACUGCACGGGGGCGGCGGGGGCUGGGUGGAUUAUUACAAAAGCUACAUCAAAACCUGCCUGGACAACCUGGCCAGCAAGGGCAAGGUCUCCAAGAAGCCGAGGGAAAUGAAAGGGAAGAAAAGCAAAAAGAUUUCUCUGAAAUACACGGCCGCACGAUUACAUGAAAAGGGGGUUCUUCUGGAAAUCGAGGACCUACAAGUGAAUCAGUUUAAAAAUGUUAUCUUUGAAAUCGCUCCAACAGAAGAAGUUGGAGACUUUGAAGUGAAAGCCAAGUUCAUGGGAGUUCAGAUGGAGACGUUCAUGUUACAUUACCAGGACCUGCUGCAGCUACAAUAUGAAGGCGUCGCCGUCAUGAAGCUGUUUGACAGGGCCAAAGUGAACGUCAACCUGCUGAUCUUCCUGCUCAACAAGAAGUUCUACGGGAAGUAACGGGCCCCGUGCUGCCAGCCCAGGAGGAGGGAGGAAGGAAGCAAAGGGCCAGCCCACAGCACGCCUGCGCCCGACGCACUCCCGGGGCCACCUCCUGCCUCCCGCUCUGGCCGGACACGGCAGCCCUGGUUUUCAUAGUGAAAUUUCAGGCUUAGUCUGACCCUCCUUGUUCCUUCAUUUCCUUCUGUCGCUCACGAACGAUUUGGGAACUUUGCUUAAAAUCUCUGUGUGGUUUCGGCCUUAGAGGUUGCAUGACUCGAUGGUAAGCUUUGGUGUUUGUCUCAUUCAGCAAUAUUAAUGGUGGGAUUUGAAAUCUUGUGAUUUAAAGGGAGAGCUUCGUAGCCUCAAUGACAUACACACACAUAAGACACACAGUGAAAAGGCCAGGCUACGUGUCCUAUGAGGUUGUCCUUUACUAGCGACAUUCCUUUAUGUUUUUGUCCCGUCAGUGAAAUUGAAGGACACGGAGGCUGUUGGUCUUCUCCGUUCUGUUUCCCAUGAUGGGCUGGAAAUCAUUAAUAGGAGUCACUGUCUGUGUUCAAAGCAAGCAUUUCCAGAAAAGGGAGAUAAAUUUUUAAAAAAAAAGGAAAGGAAAGGGAGAUCAUUCUCUUAAGUUUCGCCAUUAAAAUAAAUUUUGACAGUUCUGUUCGUGUGACUCUCUUGUCAGUGGAUGGGAGCGUCCCCCUGAGAAAGUGCAGCUAUUUAGGUAAAUUUAGGAUGUUCUGGGCGUCCCUCCUGGGUGAGGCGCCUGCUCGUCUGUUGCAGAUUUGAUGAGAUUCGGGAUGACCGUCCCCUCCGUGCCUGUGGCAGACGAAGGGGUUAGCCCGCAUAGGAUGUAAUUUUUUCAAGACCGUUUUAUAUCUUCAGAGUACCUUAUUAAAGUGUAGAUUUAUUUCUUAAAAUGUGGGUGACAGGAAUUUUAAAGUUUUAUAUAAUGCUUCAAAGUCUUUAGAAUACUAUACAGAAAUGUGUUUUUUGUUUUUUAAUUGGCUUAUCUGUAUAUCUGAACUCUUAAAGCUUUCUUAGAGCUAAAACACUAGGAUUUUUUUACCUGCAGGGUCGCAGAGAGAUCACCCUGUUUUAAAUAGACUGAAAAAUAAUAAUAUUAAAAAGCCAGCCAGCUAUGUCACACUUGAUAUUCCAAUCUCCUUUUUCCCACCUCUUUCUCUUUCCUCUUGCUACCCACACUGCUUUUAUUUUCCGAACUCUGGUUUUCUGGAUUUAGUAAAAAUUCAAUUCUGAACAUUGAAUUUUUAGGAAAUUUUUAUUAGAUAAAAAGCUAUAUACUUUUUUUUUUUUAAAGAAAAUUUGUUUAUCCAGGAAAAUAUAUUAAAUCAUGCUACUGAGCCUCCAUUUUCGCUGAUGUUUUGGUUCAGUCUUCUUUCAUCAUGGCAUAAACCUUGAUAAAAUAAACUAACAUUUAAAAUUUUAACCCCUGUAUAUUUAAAAACCAAUAAACUUUUGUUAAUAACGAUUUAUGUGAUGUGUCCCUAUUGCAGAUGUAAGUAUCAGAGCCGUGUUUUCUGUAAUUGACUGUUUACUGGGUCAGGUCCGUGCCAGCACAUGUAAACUGUGUGAGUCUUUACACCCUCCAGGCAGCCCACAGGCAGGCGGGGAGGGACCGUGGGAAGGAGAUUCCACUACCUUAACCUUGUUUGUGUUGUAUUUUGCAAGAUAAUCGUUCAGUAAACAUUGUCCUCCGUUUAAAAGAAGAUGCUGUUAAACUAGCAGCAUCGCCUGGAAAACUGGGACCAACCAAAGUGUCAACCCGUUUCCCUCCAAAGAGGCUACUCCUCCCACACGCUUGUCAGGCCCGGAGGCCACGUCCGUGGCGGACACGGAGACACGGAGCCAGGCUUGCGACUCCUGUAAUAAUGUUGCAUGGCUUUGCAGUUAUUUGUAAGGAUUAUGUUCCCUGGAUGCAACUUUCAAUGCGAAAUUGCACAAAAGGCACCUCAAGCAUUUUGAUGGGAGCUAUAUAUAGAGUUAUGGUUUUGGUAGCAUUGAAAAGGCCUGGACAAACCCAAGUGUCAUGAAGCCAUGCAGCUCUUAUUACCUUUCUCUCUCAGCUCCACAGCCUCUGUCAGGUCUCUCCCCUCUGACCUUCUCUCCCACCAGCCAUCAUGACAUUUACCGUGGACUGACUUCCUCCCAAGAAUGUGGACUGCCCAGCAGAUCGGGGCAGUGCACAAUUGCCUUUGUAUCUCUUUGUAUGAAAUAAAAGGUCAUUUGUU